AUGAUGUUCAAAAUCAUCGUGGAGCUAGCCCUCGUGGGGGCGAUCGCCUCGGUGUUCGUCGUCGCAGCCCAAGGCCGUGCUCAAGAAAGGGCCGCUGAGGAAGCAUCAGGGCGGGAAUAUAUGAGAUCCCUCGACGAAGUCAUGGGAAAGGCAAAAAAUCGCCUAUCAUUAGCCUCGUGGGCUUAUGAUUCCAAUAUAACGCAAUAUAAUGAGGAUAAAUUCUUACAAGUUUCGUUAGAAAUCGCCGAAGAAGAAAAAGAAUAUUGGAAGGAAACUAUGACCUACGCGUGGCACGAGUUCUAUGACGACGAUUUGAAGCGUAUGUUUAAAAAGUAUUCUGUUUUGGGUACUUCAGCAUUGCCAGAAGAUCUGAACCAGAGGCUCAUUCAAUCAAUUAGUAACAUGAAGUCAACAUACGCAAAAGCAACUAUCUGUGAUUUUAAAGACCAGUCCAAAUGUGAUUUGACUAUUGAGCCAGGGGUAACUGAUAUAUUUAGUAGCAGCGAAAACGCUGAAGAGCUAAAGCAUGCUUGGUUGGAGUGGCAUAAAGCAGCUGGGGCUGCAUCUAAAUCGAACUUCACGGAAUAUGUCAACAUGUACAAUGAAGCAGCGAAAUUAAAUGGUUUUGACAACGUCGCUCAAUGGUGGCUCAGCGAGUACGAAACCGAUGAUAUCGAGGAACAGUUGGCCAAUCUAUGGACGCAGGUCAAGCCGCUGUAUCAGCAGAUCCACGCAUACGUUAGAAGGCAUCUGCGACUCAAAUAUGGGGAAGAUGUUGUGUCUGCUAAGGGCCCUAUUCCAGCUCAUCUUCUAGGAAACAUCUGGGCUCAAACAUGGGGUGGAGUUGAAAAAUUCACAAAACCAUUUCCAGAUAAGCCAGACGUUGAUGUAACUCACGCGUUUGUUAAGCAGAACUACACACCAUUAAAGUUCUUCGAAAUGUCUGAAGACUUUUUCAAAUCACUCAAUUUAAGCGGAAUGCCCGAGUUGUUUUGGGAGCGGUCAAUCAUUGAGAAACCAAAAGAUGGUCGAAACCUUGUAUGCCACGCCUCAGCUUGGGACUUCUUUGAUGGACAAGAUUUCAGGAUCAAGCAAUGCACAUCAAUCACUAAAGCUUUCUUUACGACGACUCACCACGAAAUGGGACACAUACAGUAUUACUUACAAUACAAAGACCAACCAAUCAUUUAUCGAGCAGGAGCUAACCCAGGUUUUCACGAGGCAGUUGGUGACGUCAUUUCCCUAUCAGUAUCAACUCCAAAACAUCUAAAAUUAGUUGGUUUGCUCGAAGAUGGACCAGAUGACAACGAAUCUAACAUCAAUCAAUUAUAUAAAAUGGGUUUAGAUAAAAUUGUGUUCCUACCGUUCGCUUAUCUCUUGGACCUGUACCGCUACGGAGUAUUUCGCGGCACAACUUCACCAGAGGAAUAUAAUUGUCACUUCUGGCAACUGAGGGAGUCCAUCCAGGGAAUAGAGCCUCCAGCACCGAGGAGUGAAAACGACUUCGAUCCUGCCGCGAAGUACCACGUCUCCGCUGAUGUCGAAUAUAUGCGCUACUACAUCUCGUACAUAAUACAGUUUCAAUUCCAUCGCUCUCUAUGUCAGUUGGCUGGACAAUACUCUCCAGGUGAUUCCAGCAAACUCCUCUCCAACUGCGACAUAUACAAAAGUACUGCGGCUGGUAACGCUUUGAAGGACAUGCUGAAACUCGGCUCCUCUCGACCAUGGCCUGAUGCAAUGGAGGCUCUAACGGGUCAGCGAAACAUGGACGCGAGCGGAGUCAUGGAAUACUUCCAGCCUCUUCAUGACUGGCUGAAGGCGGAGAAUGAAAGGACCGGGGAACACAUUGGUUGGGAACCUAGUACUGUUCAAUAUUGUGAUCCAGAACAAAGAAACUACAUGGACCAAGGAAGGCUUGCUAAAGUAAACUAUUUAAAAAAGGAUCCAUUGAAAUAG